CAGUGUCAAAGGGUAAUUUAAAGUCAGAACCGCACAUGCUUUCGCUAAGUAUGUAAAAGAUACAACUUUUUAACCAAAUUUGUCGUAAAGACGCGCCGCCAGGAUUUGGUCAUGGCAUCAGACGGAUCAGAGAUGCCCUCAUCCCCAGCAGAAGACCAGAAGCAUGGUGGAGAGGAUACAGAGGCGGGGGUCCCACCAGACUCUCAGGGUGGCAAAGAAAUCCCAAAUUCCACAACAGAGUCCACAGGACAGGAACAGAACGGAGUGUGUCAGUUUUUCCUGAAGGGAAAGUGUCGCUUUGGACAGAGAUGUCGUUUGACCCACAGUGACCCUUCAGUAGAUGAUUCAGGGGCUGCAUCUCCUGACCAGGAUGACAAACCAGACCAAGAAAAAGCUGAAAAGCUUCAUAAGAAAGUCAACAAACCAAAAAAGCCCAAAUAUGAAGUAAAAGAGGUGAACAAAAAGCCCCGCAUGCGCACAGCAGAUGACGUUAUUUCCCGGAUCCUGUGGGACCCUUCAGUGGAUUCCUCAGAGUUUAUAGUGGGAUACGUGGAUCGCUUCCUGGGAGUACUAGAGCGCCCCUUUGUUGACUUCAACUGGGACACCAACCCUUGUGACUGUGAUUAUACCACUGAGCUGGCCCUCCCCAGACACAGGAUCCAGUACUUCACCUACAGAGGGCACCGCGUGUGGGACCGCCACAGUAGAACUGACAGGGUGUUUGGAUCCACUGGUCAAUCUCUGGCUCCCCCCUUUGGAGGGGAGGAGGAAGUAAAGGAGGAAAUAAACUCAGAAGACCAGGGGGAGCUCCAUAAAAUAACAGGAAAUCAGCCACCUGUUGGCUGUGGGCAGGACGAGAGUGGAACAGAUGAUUGUGUUCACUGGAAGGACACACAUCUGGAUGAGACGAAGCAGAGGGAGAUGAAUAUUCACACUCCUGACUCAUCAGCAGCAACUCUACAGUGUGGAAGAGACACUUCUCAAGAACAGAAAACACAAGCAUGUGUUAUGGAGGAGUACCAUAAUAGCCUCAAGUAUACAGCAGUCCAAAUGUGCUCAUCCCAGGGAGGAGGAGGAGGAGGAAGUGUGAACGUGGAGGCUGGUGAAGACUUUUCAGCAGAAUGGCAAUGGGGCUUGGAAGGCACUGACGAUGAUUGCUUGGGUAACCUUGGAGCUCUCAACAUCAGCCAGAAUCCAUCAGCACCUCUGGAGCAGAGGGAGGAGAAGCGAGCUGGUCGCCCCCCUAAAAAACGUCCCACACACUUCAUCACCUUUAGAGCCAACACUCCUGCUGUCCUCUCCUGUUUUCAGCAGCUGCAGGAGGAAAUCACCUCCCUCCUCCCCUCCUCUGCUCCUCACUGGCAGACCGUCUCCAGCCUCCAUGUCACCCUGUGCCUCCUGGUGCUGCCUGGCCCCACUGAGGUGGCCGCUGCCAUGGAGAUCCUUCGACAGUUUGCCCAUUUGGAUCGAAACCCUCCCGUGGCCGUGACCUUUCCCGUGAAGCUGAAGCAUUUCAACGGAAAGGUGCUCUACCUGAGCCCCCAGCCGCAGCUCCACCUGCAGCAGCUCAACAGCGGUCUGCAGGAGGCCUACAGGAAGGAGGGUCUGCUCCACAGGGACUCCUACAACCCGCGCUACCACCUCACACUGGCCAAGGUAGAGGACAAGGAGGGGGAGAGGAUAUUUGAGGGGGUGGGGGACCUAAAGGUGGGAAAGGGGUUAAAUUUUGGUCGUCUGCCUGUAAACACCUUACACCUUUGUUCUAUGGGUAUGUCCAAAGUAGACGGUUUUUUUGACACUGUGGGUACAGUAACUCUUCGGUGAUAGUAGUCAUCUAUCAUCGAAGAGUUCACAUUCAUACACCACCUACAGGUUUGAGAACACCAGAUACACAUGAAUAAAUGCAGUACCUCUGACAUUUGCACUGGUCCUGAGGCCUUAUAAACCAAAUCUGAAGUCUGUAUUUUAACUUGUAAAGAUUAAUUUUUUUUUUUUAAGGUGCACUUAAAAGGGGGGGGGGGCAUUUGAAUAUGAAGGCUUGAAUGGUUGAUAAUAUUGAAUAUGCUGCUGUGUUGCACAGUGACAAAUACGCCAUGUCAAAUUCAACCUACCUUCAUUUACAUGUCAAGAGUUACUCCAACCAGUUGGUGAACAUCAGCAUAUUAGCCCCAUUGACAAACACCAGCUACAGUCCAGUUGAGUCCAACUUUUUUUUUUUUUCAAAAAAAGUUUGCCUCAACAAACAGCUUAAUUGUUCAUUCAAACAGUGGUGCAGGUAUCCACUCUAAUUUUCAAUGUCGGUGCACCUCUUUCAUAUUUUAAGUUCAUGAACACUCAGCAGCCACUUUAUUAGGUACACCUUGCUAGUACUGAGUUGGACCCCUUUUGGCUUUAAGCACUGCCUUAAUUCUUUGUGGCAUAGUAACAGCCAAGUGUUGGAAACAUUCCUCAGAGGUUCUGGUCCAUAUUGACAUAAAAGCAUCUCACAGUUGCUGCAGAUUUGUUGGCUGCACAUCCAUGACAUGAAUCUCCAGUUUCACCACACCCCAAAGGUGCUCUGUUGCAUUGAGAUUUGGUGACUGUGGAGGCCACUGGAGUAAAGUGAAUUCAUUGUCAUGUUCAGUAAACCAGUUUGAGAUGGUUUGAGCUUUGUGACAUGGUGCUUUAUCCAUCAGAUGAUGUGUACACUAUGGUCAUACAUGGAUUGACAUUGUCAGCAGCAAUUCUCAGGUAGGCUACUAGGCGCCCAAAGGGUGCCAAAAAAUUACCCUUCACACCAUUACACCACCACCACCACUCUGAACCGUUGAUCCAAGGCGGGAUCGAUCCAUGCUUUCAUGUUGUUUACGCCAAAUUCUGACACUACUGUCUGAAUGUCACAACUGAAAUUGAGACUCAUCAGACCAGGCAACGUCUUUUUCAGUCUUUUGUUGUUCAAUUUUGGUGAGAGUGAGCCUGUGUGAGUUGUAGCCUCAGUUUUCUGUCGGGAGUGGCAUCCAGUGUGGUCUUCUGCUGCUGUAGUCCAUCUGCUUCAAGGUUCGAUGUGUUGUUUAUUCAAGGUCAUAUUCUGCAUACCUUGGUUGUAACAAGUACUUAUUUGAGUUACUGUUGCCUCUAUCAUCUCAAACCAGACUGCCCAUCCUCCUCUGACCUCAACAAGGCAAUUUCCACACAACUGCCACUCACUGGAUUUUUUUCCCCCUUUUUUUUGGACCAUUCUCUGUAAACCCUAGAGGUAGUUGUGUGUGAAAAUCCCAGUAGAUCAGCAGUUUCUGAAGUACUCAGACCACCACUCUGGUAGCAACAACCUUGCCUCAUUCAAAAUCACCUAAAUCCCCUUUUCUCCCUAUUCUGAUGCUCAGUUUGAACUUCAGCAAGUCGUCUUGACCACGUCUACAUGCCUAAAUGCAUUCAUUUUUUGCCAUGUGAUUGGCUGAUUAGCUAUUUGUGUUAACAAGCAAUUGAAUAUGUGUACCUAAUAAAGUGGCCAAUGAGUGUAUAUGCUAUUGAUAUUUCUUGAGGGAAAUAAAGAAUCACAUGUUAGAAGGUCGAUGAUACAGUUCUAGCUCAUAUUACAUUACAACAGAUUUGGGCAAAACGCUUUGGUUUAUUUUUUGAAGGUUCAGAAUUUCCCCAGUCUUGUUGGCUUUACUUAGCAGAAAUGAAAAAUAGCUCAAUGUCUACAAUGAAAUUGAUUGUGUUUAGCAGGGGUCUUGCGGGGUUUUUUAUAAUUUGUUUUUAAGUUUAGCAUUGUGACAAAACUAAUGUUGCAGACCAGUCAUCAAGGCUGAUGCAGCACCGCUCAUACGACAUUUGCACUUACAUACAGUGCUUAACAAAUUUAUUAGACCACCUGUCAUAUUUGUCUCAGAGACCAUCCAGCAUCAUGGAGUGCUUUAAUGCGGACUCUUUCAUUUUCAGUGAGCUCUCCAUGUUUUACCAU